UGGCCUUGUAGUCAAUUUCAGGGUAAGGAAGUGCCAGAGACCAGGAGGUAAUUGGACACAUAUGGAGGUUCCAGAGAUGGUGGUGGCGGGGAGCUGCUAAGGUUUUCCUGUAGAAGUGAGGAGCUAGACAUGCCUCAGUAGAUUACACAUCCGGGUUUCUUUCUUGGCCUGAGGAAAAUGGAGUAUAUCUGGGGAGAGUUUAAUUUUUCUCUCAUUCCAGUACUUUCCAUGUGUCUGCAUGUAUUUGGCCCGUAAGUGUUAACUGCAGGUUUCUCUCUCCUCUGAGGUGUGUUUAUAAGGAAGUGGAUUGUGGUAAGAGGUUGACCAGCCUGAAAAUCUUGCCCCAAAAUAUGUGUCCUUAGUGACCCUAUGCUCAAAGGCCAGUGAUGGCUUCUUCUUGCCCAUAGCAUAAGGCCUGCUAAACUCCUGAGAUAAUUUAAGAUCUCACAGCCUGCUUCCUGCUUGAUUUUAUGGCCUCUCCAACCAUCUUCCUUCACCUCCAGAUGUGAGCUACAGCCACACGUAGUAGUGUAGGCGCCAAACACAAAAGUCUACUGUUUAUCAGCUAAACAGGCAGUGAUUAAGUUUUCAUACAUGAGCUUCUCUCCCUCCCCACCUUCCCUGAAGUGUAUAGUCAGGCGUGAUUAGUGAUUGUAAUCAGUUCAGGAGUUGGAGAGCCUUUGUCCUAGAGAGGCCUUGGAUAAUUACUUUGUCUUUAAUGAAUUCUUCCAGGAUCUGGACUCCUCUGGGAUCCAGGGCCCUUUGGGCCCAGGGAUGAUUAGAACCGUAGACAGGAGAAGAGCUUUUGCAGACGAAGGUGAGGGUGGCAGAGGCUCUUUCACAUGCCUUAGUGGAUAAAGGGGAGCAGGAUCUUGGGUCAGGGUCCUGGAGUCCCCCUCAGACACACAGGGUAAGUUGGGCAGAGGGCAGCUGAGCUGCUCCCUUAGGGUUCUUCCAACCUGAGGCUCUUGUUUUCCAGGUUGUGCGAUGUUCUGCAGAAGGUCUCGGGGUGCGAGAACCCGCCCCUUCUCCAUGUCUCUGCCUCCCCUGGUUUCUCCACAUUUGAGAAGUAUUUUUAUUAAGUUUCACUUGUCACCAUGCUUUUAUUAGUGAUAGCAUUAAGAAAUAUUACUUAAUAUAGAGUCUACUUCCACAGUUUGCGUCAUUUCAACAAAAUAACAGCUCUUGAGGUAGGCAUUAAUGGAAUAGCUCCGACCCCUUGUUCUACUUCAGAAGCACCUCUGAGCUUUGAACAGCUUUGUGCAGCCCUCUUCUCACAGACUGUGGUUAGCAGUCACUGAGGGGUGAGUGGUCAUAUUUCUGUUGAAAAGCGAGGUGUAUCCUUGCUCCUCAGGGUGUAGUCCGUGGACCGCGGCAUGAACCGUACGUACCUGGGUGCUAAUUUAAAAUGUAGAAGUUGGCCUGCAGACUCGGAAGCAGUGUGAACCCAGAGCUCCAAGGUGGUUUGCAUGGAGAUUACAUUUAAGAAGCACUGCCUGAGGGGAUUGGUAUGUGCCGAGAACUCCUGAUUGAAAGGGUGAAGAAGGUGAGGGGCUCGUUGCAUCAGCAGCGCCGGGAUCCUCAAGUGCUGCCUCUGGUUUGUCAUCCCCAGUCAUACUGUCAGCACAGGAGUCAGGUCCCACGCAGUUAUCAGGGAAACAAAAUUCCGAGAAGCCUGGUGAGUGAUUUCUGCUACGUGUUUCUUCCCACUGUGAUGCCAGUAGCUGCGGCCGUGUGUUAAAUCCUGUUACUGUGUCCGGGUCAACUGGCAUCAAGGGGUGCAAAUCCCAGCAGUGGGACUCCGUUAUGUGUUCAGUGAAGGAGGGUCCCCCAUCUCUUCGUGCUUGUCGUGUGCUUUCUUUGUCAGCUUUGAGGCACCCCGGCGAGAGUUAGGCUUAACCAGAGACUGAGAUCCAGUGGGGCGUUCUGUCUGUCUCUCCAACUCCAUGUGUAUACGUGCAUGUAUGUCUAAUAUCCCCAUCGUCCAUCGUCUGAUAGUGAAAUUGCAGUGUGUUUGAAGCACCGUGUCAUAUUCUGUGGGGACGAGACUACGUCCCUACAUUUUGUAAUAAAACGUGAGCUUUAGUGCUGAAUGGUUGAGGCUAGCAUGUUCUUGUCCUGGGAAGAUUGAGUAGGAGUGGUGGUUCUAACCGAAAAGGCGUUUUGCUGCCUUUCACGUUGGAGGAAUGCAUGUCUCAGCCUAAAGCACAGGCAGUAAGUCUUUAGGAAACACGACCCCUAUCCAGGCAGUGUGCCGUGUGCUAGCUCUGCUGUAGUUGUGAAGGCAGUUGUAGACGUGGUGUUUCCUGCGUGGCCUCUCUUGUCUGGCAGGGAAGGUGGCUACGAGGAAAUAAUCCCCUUGGCCUGGCGUGUCGUGGGAGGAGCACGGGAUGCUUGGAAACAGAGCAGUGGGUGUCGCCUGGUCUGGGGAGACAGGGAAGGUUUGCUGGGUUAGCGGCAUGCAAUCUGUGAGAAGGAUAAAUGGGGGCAGGCCACGUGGAGGGCGCCGAAGGAAGAAGAUGCUGGGGAAGAGGAGCAGCAGAUGCCGGAUGCUGGGGCAAGAUGGUUGCAUUUAAGUCCCGCAUUGCUGGAGCGUGAGCUGUGAGUGUAGUGUGGCGGCCAGAUGAAGCUAUGGAGGCAGGCAAGGGUUAGGUUAUGAGUCACCUCUGAAAGGCAUUCGGCUUUAAGGACUCUGCCUUCAUGUCAAGAGCAUUGAGAGUGCAGGGAGACUUUGUGGAGCAAGGUCACCGGUUCUCCAUCUUCAAAGGCCUCGUGUGAUGAAGGAUACUGACAUAGAGGGUUCCAAGCACGGCAGCAGGGAGAUGAAUUCAGAGCUGGUUCCAACAGUCCAGACAAGAUGUGAUGCCAGGUAGGCUGAUCUAAGGAUCUAAGGAUGUUGAUGAGAGAAAGGAGGGAAUGAAAGAAAACUGUCAUGGUUUCAUCUGGAGCCUGUGAAACUCUUUUUCUGAGCUGCGGAGAUGAGAGGAGGAGGGAGUUGGGAGAAGGGCACAGGGGAUGAUGUGUUUCUUUUGGAAUCCGUUUAGUUGAAAAUGCAUGUGAUGCCGUCGGAGAAAGCUAAUCAUGAAGCAGUUGAGUAUUUUUUGACUAGGUUAGCGAGACACCUAAAUGGAUGUCUAAAGCCAUUGGAGUAGGUGAGGUUUCCUGGAAGGUACAUGGAAUUAGAGGAGAACCGCCUGUGGGUAAAGGUCCUAGGACAUCCGUCAACUUGAAGCUGUGAACCAAAGAGAAGCCAGUUGUAGUUAUUCACGAUGUCUGGCCAGGCAGGUUUGAGGAAAACCAGUAUACGCUGUGUCUCAGAAUCUAAGGGAUAAAUAAGAGAGUUUUAGGGUGUUUGUGCUGUCGUGCGGUGGGGGAGAGUCCAGCGUUGUAUCUGAACUGGCAUGGGGUCGAUCCUGGCCCAGUGCAGUGAGUUCGGGAUCCAGGGUGUGUUGCUGCAGCUGUGGCAUAGGUCACAGCUUUGUUUCGGGUUCGACCCCUGGUCUGGGGGAACUUCCCUGUGCCAUGAGGGUGGCCAAGCAGGAAAAAACGAAAUGAGUGUUUUUGGCAAGUUGGAAUGUUGUUUCAUGUUGAAGGGAAGUAAAGUAAGAGCGUCAGUUCCCCUCAUAGGGAUUCUGUUUGUGGAGAUUUGAAAUAGUAUAGAGAUGGUCAUUAUUGGGGUGAGCGUGAGCUAAGGUAUUUUUGCAGAGCAUGUAGCAGACCAUGGAUCGUAUACUGAUGUUCAUUUUUAACUUCAGGUUUUCAUGGACACUGUCCUUUCCUCUUGAGGACCUUGGAGAAAGAGCAUGACAGGAAGAAAUCAAACGGUUGUUUCAGAGUUCCUCCUGCUGGGACUGCCCAUUGAGGCGGAGCAUCGAAGCCUGUUCUGUGCUCUGUUCCUGGCCGUGUAUCUUAGCACCGUCCUGGGGAACCUCCUCAUCAUGGUUCUCAUUUGCCUGGACGCCCACCUCCACACGCCCAUGUAUUUUUUCCUCAGCAAUUUGUCUUUCUCUGACCUCUGCUUUUCCUCUGUCACCAUGCCCAAAUUGCUUCAGAAUAUGCAGAGCCAACAUCCAUCCAUCCCCUAUGCCGGCUGCCUGACCCAAAUGUAUUUCUUCCUCUUCUUUGGAGACCUGGAGAGCUUCCUCCUUGUGGCCAUGGCCUAUGACCGCUACGUGGCCAUCUACUUCCCCCUGCGCUACACCACCAUCAUGAGCCCCAAGCUCUGUCUCUCCUUGGUGGUGCUGUGCUGGCUGCUGACCACGUUGCACGCCAUGCUGCACACCCUGCUCAUGGCCAGACUGUGUUUUUGUGGGGACAACGUGAUCCCCCACUUUUUCUGUGAUUUGUCUGCUCUGCUGAAGCUGUCCUGCUCUGACACGGGCAUUAAUGAGUUGGUGAUAUUUAUCAUGGGGGGGCUCAUUCUUGUCAUUCCGUUCCUACUCAUCGUCAUGUCCUAUGCACGGAUUGUCUCCUCCAUCCUCAGGGUCCCUUCUACUAGGGGUAUCCGCAAGGCUUUCUCUACCUGUGGCUCCCACCUCUCUGUGGUGUCACUGUUCUAUGGGACAGUAAUUGCUCUCUAUUUGUGCCCAUCAGCUAAAAAUUCUACUGUGAAGGAGACGGUCAUGGCUAUGAUGUACACUGUGGUGACCCCCAUGCUGAACCCCUUCAUCUACAGCCUGAGGAACAGAGACAUGAAGGGAGCCCUGGGAAGAGUCUUUUGGAAAAGGAAAACUCCCUUCUCUCUAUGUUGCUGAAGCUUGGGAUGUUCAUAUAAUUUUAUGCAGUAAACUGUUCACAUUAAUCCUGGGCUUGUAACCUAGAGUUCUUUUUUCCUCUGUAUUGUUUUUGUGAAAAAACUUAGUAUGAAAUUUCCCAGCAAGCAAGUGAGAUAGAGUGGAAGUAUGGAGUUGAACUUGAAAAGGGGAUCUCAGGGACUUGCUAGCAGGGUCUCGCUCUUUGUUUUACCCAGGUGAUCCUAAGCAGCAUCAUUUAGAAACCUGGAAUUGAUCUUUCUUUCCAGUUGCUCAACAACUAAUUGAAUAUGUUUAUAAAACCUCACACCUACUUUAAACAAUACUCUGUAUCCCCAGGUCUAUACUGGUUAAUGCUCACAUUUCUUACUCUUCAUCUUACCUGUCCUAAACGGGUUCUUUAAACUUUAUUUUUAUUAC